AUGGCGCUUCGACGGAGGGCUGCUACUGCCAUGCGCAUGGGUUCCGUGGGCGCUCUUCUCCCUUUACUGACAGUGGCAGGGGCCUCAGCUGUCUCAAACCGACGAGAAGCUCUUAAUGCGCCUCUUAAAUCCCAGAAAUCGGCCUCCGAGUGCCUAACUACUACCGCUUCGCUGGCCUUCCAAGGACUCAAAUCAGGCCUUGCAUGGACUAUCGCAGUGGACGCCUACGCUAUGACCAGCGUGACAGACGCCGAGUUGGCACGAUACAUGGCGACGCGGCCAGGCUGCAGCGUUGUGGGUGAGAUCGCCAGGAAGCUGGGACCACUUUGCAUGCGCAAUGUGCUGGGCUUCGCGGGCUUCCUGGGCCUCUUCGGAGGCGUAAGCUGCAGUUUGGAGGUGCUACGCAGCAAGAACGACCUGCUGAACCCAUUUGUCGGUGGAUUUACAGCCGGCCUGGUCUUCUUGCAGCAGGAGUUUCGCAAACCGCGCACGCACCUCACAUCGGCAAUAGUGUGUGGCGUGUUCGCGAUGGCGAUACACCAUCUCAUCCCUGCCAUCAGUAAAGAGAGCGAGAGCGAGGACGUUGCCGCUGUUGAGACGCGCAGGAGAAGGAGCAAAAGGCGGUGGACGAUGAGGCAGCGACGACAUGUUAACGGCAACAGCAACGCGUUGGCGUCGACAAAUACAGCGGAGAAUCCUUCAUCGUCGAGCUGGGGAUCAGGAAGGACAGUGCCGGUCAAUAUCAUGUCGACAUCGAAGCGAGUGGCACCUCCGGUUGUUCCUGCUGAGCAUUUUACACCAACGACAAUCAAUCAAGGAAACACGCGUGGGGUUACAAUACCCAGACGCCCUCAGUCUAGCCGCCUCCCCAGCAGUCGAGAUCAUUUGGCACCAUGUCGCCCAAAGCGCCGCGUUCAGAGUGCACGAGGUGCGAGUGAAAAGAACAACCAGUCAAAUGACGCUUAUACGGUAUUGCAGUCUAUCGGCGACAACACUCUUCCGAAGCUUCAGCAUCAAAUUGGUGACCUUCUAAACACCAAAACCAGAUCUUCCUAUUCUCUCCAGAAGCCGACACCUCCCGAAUCAUCGGCACCUACGUCAGGAACUGAUGGGAAGCUUCACGUUCAGUGGGCAGUCAAGGUGUCUACAGCUCCUACUGUUCAGGAUCUGGAUGGCAAUUCUCCAGAGCCAACCGAGAUGAGCGAUUUACGCCGCCUUCUACAAGAUCGCUACGGUGAAAUACGUAGUGCUCGCCAAGCUUUUCUCGCUUGGGACGCCAAUAGGGACGGUCGGAUAUGUGCGAAAGAACUUCGAGAUAUGCUCUCACGACUUGGGAUUGCUCGAGUCCUCGGCCAAAUGAAAGUAAACGUGAUUCUCCAGCACGUUCUAGCAAGGCCAACCGCGUCUCUGGACUACGAGGAUUUCUUUGGAGUGGUGUAUGGCCCUCGGGAGCAAAAUCAAGCAGCAUUGAGUAGCUCAAACAGACAAACAGCGAACUAUACUGGGCCGGAAGAAGACACAGAUUCGACAGCAGACUCGGAUUGCGUGGUUUCCUUGCUACGGUCCAAGUACGAGUCACGCAAAGUUCAUCAGGUCUUUCGAGACUGGGAUAUUGAUAAAAAUGGUGGAGUCACGUUGGCAGAGAUCGAGAGUAACCUUCGUCGCCAAGGUUUACGAAUCUCGAAACCGGAGCUGAUGAAGUUAUUUGAUACGUACGACCUAGACCGUGACGGCCGCUUACUGUACGAUGAGUUCAAGCGUCUAGUGUAUGGACCAGUGCACGAACCACGUUACAGCUACUUGGCAGAACAGCGCCGACAGAAUGCGCAUAAGCAGCCUAUGCACGAACGAGACUCGUUGGAAUUCUUUCGCAAGUCGACAGUACCCGAGCAGUCAAACCAUAGCAUUGAUAAUCCCCGCUUUAGAGCUACACUCAAACUUAAGCUGAAAGAAUUUGCUGCUAGACUCAACGAUGCGUAUGCUGAAUUCGACGACGACCACAAUGGCUAUUUAUCGUAUAGCGAGCUUUGUGUCGGGUUGAAGGAACUGGGUUUAAAUCUGACCGAGCGCGAGUUCCUCCACUUAGCUACACGCGUGGACGCCGAUGGAAAUGGCGAGAUUUGUUUUAAGGAAUUUUGUCAUGUGUUCGGAAGUGAUGGUGCGGUUAACCGAAGGUGUCAAUCGGCUCGUACUGGCGACGAAGAAGACAAACGUGUGGAAGAGAAAAGCGCAAAGACACAACUGAAGCACGGAAGUCAACGACAACGAGCCGCUGGAACGUUUAACUUUUCACACUUGACAAGGCGAGCCAAAACUCCAACGCGAUGCGGCCGCACUCCAUACCCGGACACGAGAGGAAUUAUAAGCGAUAAUCAAGGUGACACUACGAAUCCAGCACGGUUUAUGACGGAAUCGCAAUUGUACGGCAGUGCGUCGACGUCGCGAUCGAUACCUAUUCCAGCCAAGGUGAUUACGACGCUCGGACAAGAAGAGAAACAACGCCUCGAUGCUGCGAAAGCUAAUCGACUGCAGCGAUUGCGAGUCCAAAUGGAACUCUAUGAAGACCAAGCUCGGCCGCUUCAGGAUUCCUACAACGUGGCUCAGGAACGGCGAGUGCGGACGCUGCAACGCCACCGAGAGCGAUAUCAUCAGCGCAUCGAGCAGCGACCACGCUACGCUCAAUCGCCGGCACGAAAAGGUAUUCAGAUCUUGCGGGCGAGCUCUACAGCUCCAAUCGUGUGACGCAGUGCUCUUUAAGGAACCAAAAGAGUUUUUGCUAGUGUCGUCCAAUAUUUUACGAGAUCAAACAGCUAAUACGAAUUAUCAGUGCCUUGCAUCAA